GCUCCCAGUGUACUUCCUCAAAAUCCAACCGAUAUAAACUCACACACUGACCUACUUUGACAGUAGAGGAACACGGAGUCAGACCCAGAAAACUUCACCAAACUCUUUGACUUUCGGACUAAAGGAUGUUGCAGUUUGUCUGCGUGUUGCUGCUGGCAGCUUCAGCUCUGGGCCACCUUGAUGAAGCAUCUCUGGAUGCCCAGUGGGAACAGUGGAAGAUCACACACAGGAAAGAAUAUAAUGGCCUGGAUGAAGAAGGGAUUCGCAGGGCCGUCUGGGAAAAGAACAUGCGUAUGAUUGAGGCCCACAACCAGGAGGCAGCACUGGGCAUGCACUCCUACGAGAUGGGGAUGAACCACCUGGGUGACAUGACGUCAGAGGAAGUGUCCGAGAAGAUGACUGGCCUGCAGCUCCCGAUUAACCACCAGCGCAGAUUCAACAUGGCUCUGAACGACAGCGUGACCAGGCUUCCAAAAUAUCUUGACUACCGUAAGAAGGGCAUGGUGACUCCAGUGAAGAACCAGGGUUCCUGUGGCUCUUGUUGGGCCUUCAGCUCUGCUGGGGCCCUCGAGGGUCUGUUGGCCAAGACGACGGGUAAGCUGCUGGACCUCAGUCCCCAGAACCUGGUGGACUGCGUCACAGAGAACGACGGCUGCGGAGGGGGAUACAUGACCAACGCCUUCAAGUACGUGGCAAACAACGGAGGUAUCGACUCCGAAGAGUCCUACCCAUACGUCGGAGAGGACCAGCCAUGCCGCUACAAUUCAUCAGGCAUGGCAGCAGAGUGCAAAAACUACAUGGAGGUCCCAGUGGGCGAUGAGCACAAGCUGGCUAUUGCACUGUUUAAACAGGGUCCUGUAUCUGUGGGCAUCGACGCCACGCUGAGCACCUUCCAGUUCUACACCAAAGGUGUUUACUACGACAGCAACUGUAACAAAGACGACAUCAAUCACGCCGUGCUGGCAGUGGGCUUUGGAGUGAGCGCCAAGGGGAAGAAGUACUGGAUUGUCAAGAACAGCUGGGGCGAGAGCUGGGGCAAAGAAGGCUACAUCCUGAUGGCACGUAACCGUGGCAACCUCUGCGGCAUCGCCAACCUCGCCAGCUACCCCGUCAUGUGAAGAGACAAGUGUUGAGCUCAGAGGAAGACGAGGGAGGGCGAAGGGGCUUUGCUUAGACUACUACACACAGAAAACCACUACAAGAUAUAACAGAAUAUUCUAUUCAAACAGCAAACAUAUUUUUCAGUAACCAUAACAUAAAAAUAAAUUCAAAUAGGACUAAUUGCCUUUAGGAGUGAACCUCUUCCAGUGACAAAACGGGUUAAAUGUUGCAGAGUCUGAUGGAUCUCCUUAAAAAUGUCUGACGAGGAUGUUUGGGUAUCUUGAGUUAUAUGAAGCACUUUGAAAUCUUUUUUAGUUUCAUCUCCAAACCAGCCGACCUCCACUGUGGUCUGCUCCAUAAAGAAACACAUACAGUUUUCGUACCUCCAGGGCACAGUGCAAGUAACGCUAACCCAAAGUUCAGGUUGGUUAAACCCACCAGGGCCAACCAACAUUUCACAGUAUUUUACAGGUAGUUGGUGAUAGUUUUAGUCCCUAGCUUUAAUUUUUUUAAUACAAUUUGUGUGAAAAUUUUGUGUGAUGGGAAACAUUGCUGGGCAAUGUUGUAGAUGCAGAUGUCAGUUUCUUUAAAAUCGUAAAUCAAUGUUUCUCUUGAUCAUGUCUACUUUUGUUGUUGUUGUUCUGUUCAGCACUUUUCAAACUGAUGAUCAAACUGUAAACUGAUGUUUUCUAUGUAAUUGAAUAAAGAUUUCAUUUUGAAGUUAAA